GUUGGGUUGAGUUUGUGAGGAUAUGCCACGAUCAAUGCAUUGCCCAUCUGCCUUGAUGACUCAUCAGCCUUAGAUCUCGUCAGGAUGCAGCUGAGAGCUUGGACCAUGGGCGUGAGAGCCACGCCAAAGCAUGUGGCCGGCCUUGACGACCGAGACAAGGCCUUCAUGCAGCGCUUGCAGAACUUGGCGCAUGAAGCGUUGAGCUGGCCACAUCUGGGGGAGAGGCAACGGCUGGUCUGGGCUGCCGCGCUGGAGCUGAAUGCCGUGCCCAUGCAGGAGCUCUUAGAUCAGCUAUGGUGUCGUGAUGGGGACAUGGAAGUAGAAGACAGUCACGAGCUGCCUCCGUGGUUUUGGGAGCGCCAGAACAUCACACGGCGACAUCCAGGCACGGACUGCCCAAAUCUGGGGCGAAUAGGCCUGGACUUGCUAAGUCUGGACGGUUCGCAUGCUGUUGGUUGCUGGAAUGCUUCCGUUUCCUUCAAGGAAGUGAGGCGCUUCCUGCGCAUGGCACGAUGGGUCCACAAGGCAGGGCGACAGAUGUGCAUGAUCCUGAAUGAAACGGAGAAGACUCCCCCAAAUUGCCUUGAAACUUGCAGUCAUUCUGAUCCAUUCUGUCAAUGCUGCGCUGAAGCAACCCAUGGUGUGAUGUCAGACUUUGCAGCUCCACCCUGCAAGGCGAAGAAAUGUACCGUGGUGACAAGCAGCCGCUGGUUGCCGAAGAAGAUCAAAGCCUGGCUCCAGAACUCCGAUGCCGAGCAUCGGGUCAUCACAAUGCGUACGCUGGAGAGGCUGAGUGCUGCACUUCCCUUUGCAGCUCCUGAUGGAACUGGUGCCGCGCGGCCACCAUUGAGGCAGUGUCAGAGUGACUGCCUGGAUGCAUGCGCCAAGGGUGCUCGAGUCAUCGAGAUGGCUUGUGGCACUGGGAAGACUCGGGUGAUCAAGGUCUUGAUCAUAGUGCCCUCGCGCGCCUUGCUGGACCAGUUCGCUUCGGACUUCCGUGGCUUCUGCAAAGUGGGUAUGGGCCACAACAAGAAGAUCGACUUCGAUGCCAAAGGUUUCAUUGCUGUAACGGAUUCGGUCCACUUGCUGAAGAAGUUGAAGUUUGAUUCCAUUUUUGUGGAUGAAGCACACCAUCCGUUGCCGUCCAAAAUGCCCGGAUCGACCGAGUUGUAUCGGUUUUCGGCCACUCACAAGGAUGAACCGGAUUUCCGAUACACCAUGGGACAGGCGAUUGAAGAUGGGAUCCUGUGUGAUUACGACAUCGCUGUGCCUGCCCUGACUGCGCACCAUGCGUACGUGUGCUUGGCAGAUUUGCUUCUGAAACAAGUGGGGAGGUUCAGGCGAGUGCUUGCAUAUUGCAACUCUGUUGCUGAAGCGAAACGCUUCCGGAUGGUGUUGAGGGAGCUGGGACUGGCAGCAUGGCAUAUCAAUGGCAAGACACCGUUGAAAAAAAGGCAAACUGCGAUUGCAGAGUUUGCGGGCGCCUUGCAAAAACCAGUUCAUGUGCUUGUCACUGUUGAAGUCUUGGGAGAAGGGAUCAACAUUCCCAAUGCGGACACCUGCAUGUUUGUGGAGCCCCGAAAUAGCUACAGGAGCAUCAUUCAAGCAAUCGGGCGUGUGCUGCGUUACCACCCUGCCAAGACUUUGGCGCACAUCGUGCUGCCAGCUGUGGCGAUCCCGAGCUCAAGAUCAGCGUUUGUGUCACCAUCGGGUUUCGGAAAUAAAUCGAAUGAAGGUGAGGAACAACUGAACGCAAGGGAGGUUGACAGUCUCAAAUGUCAAGGAAGUGAGCUGCCGACUUCGCAGGUUCAACAGCACCUGCAGGCGAGAAACCUGCAAACAUUUGGUACUAAUGAAGAUGAGGUGGUUUCCAAACUACAGACACAUGCUGCAAUCAGUUUGGCUGCCCUUCCUGCAACCACCAGGAGGCAGGGGGACACAUUUCAUUCAGCCAUUCAUUCAAACGGCCAGCAGGGUGAGAAAGUGCGCAGCAACCACGCAAAAUUUGACACAAACCGGCUGAAACGAAAGCUAGGCAACAGCAACUAUGCCGAACCUGAGGCUCGAGUCAGUCCAUCGGCUACGACAGAUGGUCAGCAAGACGGUGUGCAGCAAGAGCAUCCGCAAACAAAGUGUGGAUCUGUGAAAAACGUGCGCAGGCACCAGCUGGCCCAGACACCUCAUGAAGAAGUUCAAGAUCAAGACUUGGAAAGACACAAGCUGGGUACGCGUGAUCCGACCACACCUGGCAGGCCAGGAGUAUUUCAAAAUUUUGGAAGUGGUAUUUAUGAUCAAGUGAGUCCAUCAGCUACAACGGAUCGUCAGCAAGAACAGCUGCAAACGAUUUGUGGAUCUAUUGGAAGCGGGCAUAGGCACCACCAAACGCAGACACCUCAAGAAGAAGUUCAAAUUAAAUGCUUGGAAAGAUUCAGCGCGGGCACGCGGGAUCAAGCUACACCUGGCAGGCCUAGAAUUGGACAUGUGCGAAGUGAAAUGGAUGAAGAGCCAACCCUGCAGACCCAGGCCACGGCUCCCACAAAUCGACACCAAGGAUUCAAAUUGAAAGCCUUCACCCGAUCUUCUGAGUUCAAUCAGCAUUUCGGUAGCCAACUGGAGCGCUUCUUGGCCACGCUAAUGCGGGCAGAUCAUCGCAUUGUCGGUGCAACCGCAGUGCACAGGAUUCAGGUAGCAGACUGCACUUUGUCAGAUGCUGAUGCAAAGCUGAUGGAAGGAUGGACGACCGAGAUUUACAAUCGGCUCUCUGUCAUUCUAUCUGGGGAUGACCAUUGGGAGAUUCGCUUCAGAGAGUUGGAAGCGUUUGUCGACCAGCAUGGCAGGCUACCACUUCGCCAGUGCGAUUCUCACUCUGAAAGAGUAUUGGGCACAUGGCUCCACAACCAGAACGGUGCUUUCAAAAAGCAAAAGCUGCCACUGCACAGGUUUCAGAAGCUGCAGGCAUCCUCACCUCAUAUCCGUCGGCGUGUUGAAGGGUGGCAGAUGGGUGGUGCCCAUGAGCGUUUCAGGCAGAGAUGCAAUGAGCUCAGAGAGUACAUGCAGCUGCACCACAGGCUGCCAGACUUGCCAAAUCAUCGGGUUGAAUCCUCACCCUGGAAACUGGCAAAAUGGUUUGCGAAUUUGCGGGCGGGGAACAUCAGACUAGGCGCUGGCAGGAUGAAGAUGCUGCAAGAGGUGAAUCCCUUGGUCAAAGCAGAGCUACAGAAGUGGCAGGAUGCCCCGCGACUCCUUCGGCCUCAAUGGGAGCACAAGUUUGGUCAGCUCUGUCGGUUUGUAGGGGCAACAGGGCGCCUCCCAAAAAGUGUGGGAAGCGGGAAGGAUGAAACACGUUGGUACAACUGGCUUCUUGCUCAGUGCCGGAAGCUUCUAGUCGGAUGCCUGCCGGAUGACAUGGCCCAGCGGCUUCGGAAUGCUCAUCCCCUGAUUGCUGCAUAUAUUGAUGCAUCUGCUUAG